GAUUGCUUUAUGCCGUGAGAUGGCCGGGCCAAUUACGUGCAUGCCGUGUAAAAAGCCCACAAGCUUCACUCUUGAAGCAAGAGGCGUUCAGUUCAGGACGCGCUGACGGCACACAAAAUGCAGGCGCAGCUGGUUGGGAGCACAUAAAGGCACAGGCAGCCAUCGCCCGCCCACAGCCACCCAAAACAGCAACCUUGAAGACACCUAAAGGCCUACUACCACCCAAAGGCACCCAGCCAGCACACCAAGCCUCGACCGUGACAAGACAACGCCGGCUCGCGCUUUCCCUCAAGGCCCAUCCGCCUGCAGCGUCUGCUCCACAUCGCAUCCUCGGCCCGAGUCGUGAAAGGGGCCCUCGCCUGGAGAUCGCCUCGCGCGACUGACGCAGUCGAGGAAUCAAUCGGUCAUCUCGCCGUCGCGACUUGAGCACUGCGUCUGAAAAAAACAAUCCGCCGUCACCCUUCUCCUUCCUCAACUUUUCCCCCAGAACUGCGGUGAGAAAUGACUUGUCCUGACCGGCUCAACCUGUCCUCUGUUAUUGUCAUCAUCACCACUAUCAUCAUCACCACUAUCAUCACAACCACCACCACUAGCACCAGCACCAGCACCAGCACCACAUGACCAUAACCAUAACCAUAGCCACCACCACCACCUUCUCGCGCGCCAGCUGACAGGCGAUGUCCCAUGGCUGACCGGAGGAAGAAACGGCCUGAGGUCGGUAAGAUCGAGGACACGCUCGGCGGCUACUGGAGCACCCCCGGCGCCGGCCGCCAAACCACAAACUCCAAGGACAGCUCCGCGCCGCCUAUCGCCCGGCCCGCGCCGCUGCCCAGGAAGCGCGGCCGCGAGUCUCCCUCGCCCGCCCCAGCAGCCAGCCGAGGAGGCGGCGGCGGAGGACGGCCCCGCACCUCUAGUGGAGCAGCAGCAGAAGAAGACACGCCCACCAGCCGCGCGUCGACCCCGAUGUCGUCACAGCGCAACCGCAACUCGCGCGGCCCCAACCGCAAUGGCGGCCAGGGCGAGGAGGUGCAGCUAUGGCAGCAGUCCAAGGACGACAUGCGCCAGAUUGUCGACAUGCUGAACGAGAGCACCGACAACGUGCGCAGCAUCCAGGGCCAGGACUCGUACAUGGCCCAGAACCCGGACUCGAUGCCCUCGAUCGAGGCCGAGGAGCGCAAGCUCGAGGAGCUAUUCCGUCGCGGCGUCAAAAACUCGGACUCGCUCGUCGAGCUCAUCAAGUCGGCCAAGGAGCGAGUCCAAGUCCUGAGCGCCAUCCAGAAGGCCAAGGAAGAGGCUGAAGGCGGGGACCUGGGCUCCAAAGGCGGCAGCUCCCACCACCUGGGCGUUUCCCGCUCCGCCUCGGGUCUGCUCUCGGGGUCCGGCCGCAACCCGAGCCGCGCCAUGCGCGAGCAGCAACGCGAGCAGGCCCGCGAGGCCCGCGAGUCGUCUUCAAUGCGCGACCCGGCCUCGCUCUACGAUUUCGACGGCGCCGAGUCGCCCGUGCCCUCCCCCCUUGGUAGCCACCACACCACCCGCAAGCUGGGCAAUGCCGGUAGCGACCGCUCCGGGAAUCGCGACAGCGUCCCCCCGCGAGGCGCCGACCGGGACACCCCCAAGGCCGACAGCGCCGAGCCCCCGGCCACGGGGUCCUCCUCGGCCGCAGGCUCCGUCUCUGCCGCACCCGGGGCCUCGGUCGGAACCCCUUCGGCGUCGUCGACCGCGGCGGCAGCGGCUGCAGCAGCAUCUGCAGCAGCCACGCAGCGGUCUAAGGUGGUCUUCAGCAAGGGCCAGGACGUCGCCUUCAAGCCUAAGCAGACAGUUAGUAGCGACAGCCCAGACUGGUACCUGGGCAAGGUGCAGCAGGUGCUAGGCGAGGGCAAGUCGCGGCGGUACAAGGUCAAGGACGAGGACCCUGAUCUGCCGCCAGACCAGAGGACAGAGUACCGCACCAGCGCCAGCAACAUGAUCCCGAUCCCCGGCCCCAGCCAGGAACUCCCCAACCUGGACAAGGGGAAGACGGUACUCGCACUGUACCCAGAUAGCACCACAUUCUACAAGGCCGAAGUAAUGGGUACAGACGCCGCUACAGGCAAGGUUAAUCUCCGCUUCGAAGGCGAAGAGACGUCGGGCACUCUACAACUUGUCGAGAGACGCUUUGUGGUCGAGUACCGCAGCUGAGACCAGCCCGCUUCGAUCCGGCCAUUUUCCACAUGCACACCACUGUUUCAACCGACAUCGACGAAUAUCUCGCAAAGAACCUGUCAGACACUAUCGAUCUUUGUCUUCUAAUACACGGUCUCUUGUCCGUUGCUUGAACACCCUCCCGGUCCACUGUAGCUAACUGUGGACACACGAAUACCCCCAUACUGGAGCCUAGUAUGGCUGCCAGCGUCUUUUUAUUUUUGUUUUGUUGGGUUUGGUCCGAGGCAUUCCAUUCCGAGAUAUCAAUACGGCUAUCAAGCGUAUAUAGGAUAGAGACCACUUCCGGUGUGCCAGCUCAGGGUCGAUGUUUGAACUAUAUCCAUCGCGGUUUCUUCCAUGGUUAGGUAUUUGGGAUUUCGGUGAAAGCUGCAGUCGUGUCGUGUUCGUUACCUCACUCGAUGCAACAAAAUACCUCGACUGGCGCAGUGGUUUCCCAGGCAGCCGCUCUAGCACAAUGAGCGAGGUAGUCUGCAUAACGACGCCAACCAAUCAAUGCCAUGGAUUCUAGUCGAUGCGAGCAAAUGCAGACGUUUCCAUCAGCACGUCCAUGGAUUACCCCUGACAGCUUGGAUCAUGCCGACGGAUCUGACUUGGACAACGCAUCCUGCCCGCCUCGCCAUUUUUGCGUUCGCGAACAUAACCGCCCCUACCACGAAAAAACAAGCAGCGCA